GAUAUUUCCUUGACCAUCCAAAUUUGAUCACACAUUACAAAACUCAAAAGUGACUCAUUCAUUGGCUGCCUAAAGCAGAAGGAGAAGGCUGAGAAUGGCCAUGGCAACGGCUCUUCGUAGACUUUCCUCUUCUGUUGACAAACCCAUUAAGCGUCUCCAUAAUGGCGGCUCUCUCUAUUACAUGUCCUCGUUGCCUAAUGAAGCUGUUUACGAGAAGGAAAAAAAUGGUGUCACGUGGCCAAAGCAACUGAAUGCCCCUCUAGAGGAAGUUGAUCCAGAAAUUGCUGACAUUAUCGAGCAUGAAAAAGCGCGCCAGUGGAAGGGACUUGAACUCAUUCCUUCAGAAAAUUUCACUUCUGUGUCUGUCAUGCAAGCUGUUGGAUCUGUUAUGACAAACAAGUACAGUGAAGGAUAUCCAGGGGCUAGAUACUAUGGAGGAAACGAGUUUAUUGACAUGGCAGAAACCUUAUGCCAAAAACGUGCUUUAGAGGCAUUUCGAUUGGAUCCUGCAAAAUGGGGAGUGAAUGUGCAGCCUCUGUCAGGAUCACCUGCUAAUUUUCAUGUUUACACUGCAUUAUUAAAACCUCAUGAAAGAAUCAUGGCCCUUGAUCUUCCUCACGGUGGACAUCUUUCUCAUGGAUAUCAGACCGAUACAAAGAAGAUAUCUGCCGUCUCUAUAUUUUUUGAAACUAUGCCAUACAGACUGAAUGAGAGCACUGGCUAUAUUGACUAUGACCAGCUUGAGAAAAGUGCCACACUCUUUAGGCCAAAGUUGAUUGUCGCUGGUGCUAGUGCUUAUGCACGUCUUUAUGACUAUGCACGCAUCCGAAAGGUUUGUGACAAACAGAAAGCUGUCAUGUUGGCAGAUAUGGCUCAUAUUAGUGGGUUAGUUGCAGCUGGAGUCAUCCCAUCACCAUUUGAUUAUGCAGAUGUUGUGACUACCACAACCCACAAGUCCCUUCGUGGACCCCGGGGUGCCAUGAUUUUCUUCAGGAAGGGUGUGAAGGAGGUUAACAAGCAAGGCAAGGAGGUGAUGUACGACUAUGAAGACAAAAUUAACCAGGCAGUCUUUCCUGGACUUCAAGGUGGUCCCCACAAUCAUACAAUUACUGGCUUGGCAGUCGCUUUGAAACAGGCAAUGACUCCAGAAUACAAAGCUUACCAAGAGCAAUGCCUCACCAACAGCUCGAAAUUUGCACAGGCUUUGGCGGAGAACGGUUAUGAACUUGUUUCUGGUGGAACAGAGAAUCACUUGGUUUUGGUGAACCUGAAAAACAAGGGCAUUGAUGGUUCUAGGGUUGAAAAGGUUUUGGAAGCGGUACAUAUUGCAGCCAAUAAGAACACUGUUCCAGGAGACGUAUCUGCAAUGGUCCCUGGUGGAAUCAGAAUGGGAACUCCUGCACUCACUUCCAGGGGAUUUAUUGAGGAAGAUUUUGUGAAAGUUGCUGAAUUCUUUGAUGCUGCUGUGAAGAUAGCAUUGAAAAUUAAGGCUGAAACCUCAGGAACAAAGUUGAAAGACUUUGUGACAACACUACAGUCUAGUGCUUCCAUCCAGUCUGAGAUUGCAAAACUCCGCCACAACGUGGAGGAGUAUGCAAAGCAGUUCCCUACAAUUGGGUUUGAGAAGGACACCAUGAAGUACAAAAACUGAGAGAGUGCGUAUACAUACACAAGGGACCAAUAUACAACUUCCUCAAGGUGAAUGGGAUAGGAUUUUCAUCUUACAAUUAUAUGUAAAAUCCAGCAGUAUUGGUUCCCAACUUUGCCACUUUGUAUAUGAAGGAUUGUAAACAACUGAAGUCCUUGAAAGCAAUAAACUCCUGUUAUCUUAGUACUUCAA